AGGGAGAGAUAGGCCUUGGCGCCGCCAUUUUGGAGGGAGGCUGAGGAGAAUCCUCGCUCGGAGCGGAGAGGCCGAAGGAGGGAAGGAAGGAAGAAGGAAGGGCGAGGAAGGAGGGAAAUGAGGAUUCUGUGGAGCCACAUCUUGGGUGCCGUCAGGAAAGAAAUACAUGAAGAAGAAAUCCUUUCAAGGUGUUGAUCUUGCUGAAUUCCUGACCUGACUUACAGAUAAGAAAGGAGAAAAGAGUCAAGAAUCUGUAUUCUAAUUCAACACCUGUUGACAUGAAGGAGGAGGCAUCAGAAUACCUGGAGUGUGGAAAGAGCUUUGCACAGAGUGGAGAUCUAUGUUCAAAUCAAAAGACUCACACUGGAGAGAAACCCUAUACAUGCCUGGAGUGCAGAAAGAGCUUUGCACAGAGUGGAGAUCUAUGUUCACAUCAAAGGAUUCACACUGGGGAGAAACCCUAUACAUGCCUGGAGUGUGGAAAGAGCUUUGCUCAGAGAGGAAAUCUAGAUGUACAUCAAAGGACUCACACUGGGGAGAAACCCUAUACAUGCCUGGAGUGUGGAAAGAGCUUCACUGAGCGUUCAGGUCUUCGUUUACAUAAAAUGACUCACACUGGAGAGAAACCCUAUGCAUGCCUGGAGUGUGGAAAGAGCUUUGCUCAGAAAGGAAAUCUAGAUUCACAUCAACGGACUCACACUGGGGAGAAACCCUAUACGUGCCUGGAGUGUGGAAAGAGCUUUACUCAGAGUUCAAGUCUAUAUUCACAUAAACGGACUCACACUGGGGAGAAACCCUAUAAAUGCCUGGUGUGUGGACAGAGCUUUACUAAGAAUUCAAGUCUACGUUUGCAUCAAAUGACUCACACUGGAGAGAAACCCUAUACAUGCCUGGAGUGUGGACAGAGUUUUAUUAAGAGUUCAGCUCUACGUUUACAUCAACUGACUCACACUGGGGAGAAACCCUAUACAUGCCUGGAGUGUGGACAGAGCUUCACUCAGAGUAGAAAACUACGUUUGCAUCAACUGACUCACACUGGGGGGAAACCAUAUAAAUGCCUGGAGUGUGGAAGGAGCUUCACUGAGAGUUCUAAUCUACUUUCACAUCAAAGGACUCACACAGGGGAGAAAUCCUAUACAUGCCAGGAGUGUGGACAGAGCUUUAUUAAGAAUUCAAGUCUACGUUUGCAUCAAAUGACUCACACUGGGGAGAAACCCUAUACAUGCCUGGAGUGUGGAAUGAGUUUUACCCAUAGUUCAGGCUUGUGUAGACAUCAAAGGACUCACACUGGGGAGAAACCCUAUACAUGCCUGGAGUGUGGAAAGGGCUUCACUCGGAGUUCAGCUCUACGUUUCCAUCAAAGGACUCACACUGGAGAGAAACCAUAUACAUGUCUAGAGUGUGGACAAAGCUUCACUAAGAGUUCAGCUCUACGUUUACAUCAAAGGACUCACACUGGGGAGAAACCCUAUACAUGCCAGGAGUGUGGAAGGAGCUUCACUGAGAGUUCUAAACUACGUUCACAUCAAUGGACUCACACAGGGGAGAAACCCUAUACGUGCCUAGAGUGUGGAAAAGGCUUCACUAAGAGUUCACGUCUAAGUUCACAUCAAAGGACUCACACUGGGGAGAAACCUUAUAUGUGCCUGGAGUGUGGACAGAGCUUUACUAAUAGUUCAAGUCUACGUUUACAUCAAAGGACUCACACUGGAGAGAAACCCUAUACAUGCCUGGAGUGUGGAAUGAGUUUUACCCAUAGUUCAGGUUUGUGUAGACAUCGAAGGACUCACACUGGGGAGAAACCCUAUACAUGCCUGGAGUGUGGAAAGAGCUUCACUCGGAGUGCAGCUCUACGUUUACAUCAAAGGACUCACACUGGGGAGAAACCCUAUACGUGCCUGGAGUGUGGAAAGAGCUUCACUCGGAGUGGAAAACUACGUUUGCAUCAACGGACUCACACUGGGGAGAAACCCUAUACGUGCCUGGAGUGUGGACAAAGCUUCACUCAGAGUUCAGGUCUACGUUUACAUCAAAGGACUCACACUGGAGAGAAACCCUCUGCAUGUCUCGAGGGUGGACAGAGCUUCACUGAGAGUGGAAGUCUUAUGUUCACAUCAAAGAACUCACACCGUGGAGAAACCUUAUGAACGCAUGCCGUGUGACUAGAAUCUCUCUGAGAAUUGAAAUCUACAGAGACAUAGAGUACAGAUCAGAGGGAACAGUGAUAUUUGACCCCAUAGGGCUCUCCAAAACAGAGCUUUUCAGACUUUUCGUGUUGGUGAUUCACUUCUUAGACAUAGAAUCAUGGAAUAGUAGAGUUGGAAGAGACCUCAUGGGCCAUCUAGUCCAACAUGCAUCCUUUCACGACACUGCAUUUCAUUUGAACUAGCAAAACAGAUUCCCCAUUUCAUCAGGAAAAAUGAUAGAGUGUUUCUCCAGGAGACUUGGGAGAGGGGCAUACUGGAGGUGGAUGGGCUUUAGGGCAAAUGCUGUGCCUAGUUCUGGAGGAGGUAGAGCCAGAGAAGGCCUUGGGAUCCUUGGGGUCUCCAUCAAGCUUCGUAGGAGCCCCCGUGGAUUAAAGCCUCGUGACUUGAAGGUUGGGUUGCUGCCGUGAAGGCUGCCAGGUUUGAAUCCCACCCGGGGAGAGCGCAGAUGAGCUCCCUCUAUCAGCUCCAGCUCCAUGCGGGGACAUGAGAGAAGCCUCCCACAAGGAUGGUAAAAACAUCAAAACAUCCGGGCAUCCCCUGGGCAAUGUCCUUGCAGACGGCCAAUUCUCUCACCCCAGAAGCAACUCGGGUUGUUCCUGACACGAAGAACACCCCCCCCCCCAAAAAAAACCAAGCUUCGUGCCUCACUUGUUAAUUUUACCCCUUAGUUAACAUUGCAGCCUUAGUGGUUAUUACAUUUCAAGCUCUUGCUUUAUUAUUAAUUUUUUCUGAUCUCUAUUUAAACAAAAAAAUACAUAAUAAUGAUAGCUGGAUGGAAUUGCGAAAUUUUGUCAGUAAACUGACAUUUUUCCGUCUCAAUUCCUCUAUAAUACUGGCAGGAGAUUUUGAUGCCAGAAUUGGUCCAAAUGAUGAAGCUCUUUCUGGCCAUUUCAAUGAGCAGCGGCCCACCCCGUUCCUGAUAUGCAAUCUAAAGGUCUUCUCUGCACUUAUUGUGGGCUUUGUGUUCUACGAAUGAUCAAUAGCCUAGAUAUAGUACUAUUGAAUGUUGGCAUGAAUGAGGAUCUGGAGAGCAGAGCUUCAACUAUUGAUUAUUUUAUUAUUUCUUAUGAGUUAUUAAAUGCGGUUUAUAGUUUUGAAGUGGGUACAUGUGCAGAGUGACCACCACCUCCCUUCAAUUGUAUCUGUAGCCUUUCAGAGUCAGGAUGUCCAUGCAGAUUGUGAACUGUUGUUGCUCUCAGAAGCAUAGAUCAUUGAGUGUGAUGGGCAGCUAAUGUAGAUGCUGCAACUACACUGUUACACUCAGGUAAUUGUUUUAGAAUACAGGAGUCUCUUCUGACAACAAAGGUCCUGAAUUUAAAUCAGGAAUUAAUUAGUCACGCAAGGGUGUUUGGUCUGUAAUAAUCCUACAAAUCAGAAUGCGACUGCUUUUAGAUGUAAAUCUUGGUUUGACCAGGGAUGCCUGGACUAGUCCGUAUGUUGUAAGGACAUCUGAGCCUUGGAAUAUGCAGGACAUCCUCCACAAGCCUCCAGAACGGCCCCCUUUCUCCACCCCAGAAAUCAAUACUCUGAUGUAUAAACUUAAGGUGGGCCAAAGCACCCGGGGGUGGCAGUGUCCCUCCUGAGAUGCCGAUAGAAAAUGAGAAUGGGUGGGCCCCAGUCCUGGCCACAUUAUUCACGUGCAUAGAUCAGUUUGCAUGUAGACCAGAAGAUUGGGAGCUGGCUAUCAUCAUUCCAGUCUGCAAGGAAGGGAAAAGUUCAGGCCCUGAAAACUAGAGACGAAUUAGCUCUCCAAGUGUAAUCAGCACUCUGUAUGCUCAUCACCUCCUUGGGAAAACUCCAUCUGAAUGGAAGAGGAAAACCUUCUGGAAGACCAUUAGGCAGGUUUUAGACUGGGAUGCUCUACUGGAGGCCAUGGUUUAGUUUACCCCAUAUUAUGGACAAAUAUUCCUCUAGGAUCAAGGGAGCCCGUUAUACAGCCUUCAUUGACUUUGAGUCUGCCUUUGAUAGGAUUCCUCCAGACGAGGUUGUGGCCGAAAUUGGAGAUAAGCAAUAUUGACAGGCGCCUGUUGAUGUUAAUCCAUAGCCUUUAUGCGGAAACAUGUUUGAAAGUGAGAUGGAAGAAGGUAGACCCCUUGACCCAGAUCAUCCCAGCACAUGGAGGCUCGAAGUCCAAGCGUUGUGCUAGCAUCAUCUUUGCUCAAUAUUUACCUCAAUUCUUUGGCCAGGACUCUCUCUGGCUCAACUUUACGUCCUCCUAACCUAGUAGAUAGACCUCUGUCAUCCCUUCUUUAUACAGAUGAUGUGGUUCUUCUCCCUUUAACUUUCAUUGUUACUAGGAAACAAAGUCUACAUAAGGGGCAAAUAAAUGAGCAUCCACUUCAGCAGCUGAAAUCUUAGAAAUCUGGAAAUCUGACUCUACUAAUGCCACUGCAAAUGCCUUGAGAAGCAUCAAGUCACUUGCAUCCUUUUUUGUUCAAGGAGGACAACACGUUCCAUCAGCUAAACACGUCUUCAAUGCUAAGGCACUGCCACAGAUGCAACGUGGUGGUGUGCAUUGUGUAUAAUACAUAAUGGUGGUAUAAUUGUGCUGCUGUGGAAUCCACACAGAUGAAUGUUUGCAGAUCUCUCCUUGGCCUUCCUAGUUGUGUACCAAAUGCACCUUUACAACUACAAACAGGCCAAAUGUUAAUUGAGUCCCGGGCAUGGACCCUGAAAUUCAAUUUUGGUUCAAAAUGUUGUUUGGGAUCAGCUCCCUUAGUGUUAACUGAUGGAUUCUUAAAAAAAAAAAUUAUUAGGGUUUUAUAAGUAGGUAAUGAUUAAAAAAAACAAAGUUUCAGGAUAGGAACUCUAUAUUGGGUGGGGGGAAAUCUCUAGGUAAAUAGGCGAGGGAGAGGGAAAGGGGGUCUUGGGAAGGCAGGCAUUGGGAGGGGCAAGGGAAGGGGUGGGGGAGGAAAGCAGGGGGGCCAGAAAGGGGAACGUGGUGGACAGGUGGUUUUGGCUUCCAUUCUUCUUUGCCAAAUACGGUAUAUACUCGAAUAUAAGCCUAGUUUUUCAGCCUUUUUUUAAGACUGAAAAAGGCCCCCUCAGCUUAGGUGAGGGUCCUGGUUGGCUUAUAUUUGGGUCAGCUUAUACUCGAGAAUAUGUGGUACAUUUAUUAUUUUUCUCUAUUAUUAUUGGUAUUAUUACAUUUAUUAUUUUUCUCUAUUAUUGUUGCUACUAUUACAUUUAUUUUACUCUAUUAUUAUUAAUGCAUUUAUUAUUUCACUCUGAUAUUAUAUUAUUUUACUCUAUGUAUUACUACAUGUAUUAUUUUACUCUAUUAUUAUUAAAAGGAUACAUAAGCACA